CGRAAACUUUGGAKUUUAUGCAAUCGACGCUGAAAAGUUGAUAUUUUAUCUUCAUUGGAGAAGUAGAAUUGUACAAUCAGUCGUUGUGCCAAAUCUCAUUUGKUUUUGUUKAGUUUUGUGGAUGUUUUUGCUAUGAUUUACAACAUUCUUGGAUUGUGCCGAUUGUUGUGCCGAUGGCUGGUCAUUUACUUCAGUUUUCUCAUUUGAUUUACAUCUCGAUUCAAGAAAUUGUUGUAGUGUACGCCAGUGCGAUUUAGUAUGGAUAAAUCUACUCAUAUGAAGGACAAUAUUGUGGGAUAUCUAAAGGAAAACAGCCCACCAUGUCCGCCAAAUAGCACAGAUGGUUUGUACAACAGCAACAAUGAACAGUUUACAGCUGGUCGAAGUAUCUCAAAUGAUUACACGAUGAAAAUGCUCGAAAAACCAGUCAUGCAACAUCAGCCUCUUCAAAUAAACAACCAAUUACCAUCCAAUAAACAAAAUGUUCAACCUGAACUAUUAAAAAAGUUCCGUCAACUGCGACAAUGGCAACAGCAACAGCAAGAAACCAUGUUCAAGAAACAACACCAACAAAUGGAAAACAUCAAAAUGCAACAGGAAMGGUUGCAGACAUUGUUUAAAAAAWCUACAGUAGSUUCACCUAAUACUGUGUAUCAGUCAUUGUACCAAUGUGAGGCUCAAGAAGAAAAAGAAAUGUACAGUAAUAAAGAAACAAUUCCUGUUGCUUUAUCACCUUUAUCACCAACAGAUGGUUUCCUGAGAACAAUGUACAACCAAAAUSCACCCAUUUAUCCUGUAGGCAGUGUCACAGUCUCACCARUUAGAAAUCAAAGUUAUUCYUAUGCAAAGGGAUCCCAACAUGGAAAAAACAAUAGUCCAAUACUGAUGACACCUAUGCAUUUUACUACACGUAACUCUUUUUCUUCAACAUCUCCUCAAGAUAAUGUCAGCACCAUAACAGCAUAUAAUGCAGCAGACCAACCAAAAGAACAUCUUGAUAAUGGUGCAGAAUCAACAUAUUCACCAGUUCCCAMCAAAGAAAUUGAAGUUUUUAACAGUGACAAUGAAUCAGAUUAUCAUUCUGAUACUGAGACAAUGAGUGGUGUUUACCCUUUACAAGACGACAUUGUGUCUGAAGCAGGUGCCACUGAAUUAGAAGAAAAUGAAAGGAUGGAUUCUGAAAGGGAAUGUGACUUGGAAAGCACGAUUUGUGAAGAACAGAAUAACAACUAUAAGAGGGCACAAGCAGAAGCACAGACUGAUGAGGACAGACCAAUCAAUCCUGGUAUAGGUUCCAGUAAAGCUGCAACAUUUGAAGAAUUCCUUGAAAAAGAAUUGAAAAGUGGACCCUCUUAUCAACAAAAUAUAAUAAAUAUAUCUCACUUGUUUGCAGAAACAGAAGCGAGCGAUAAUGAAGACAGUGAAAAUGACACAACCUUGAAAGAAGAACUUGAACUUGAUCAACAACCUCUUGACAAGUUGUCCUCAGGAGAAUUUGAUGAUGAGGAAGCAUGGGGUGAAAUCAAAGCUCAAACAGAAUCAACUGAAACGGAAAGUGAUAAUGAUAGCGAUGACAGUGAUGUAACAAUAGGCGAUCCGUUCUCAUUGACGGUAUUACCAAGCAURCAGCAGCUACAACCAGUCGGACCAUYAAAUCCUUCUAUUGUGUCUACACCACCAGCAUCAGCUCUGAUGUCAAAACUUUUCCCAAAACUGAAAGAGAAACCAAAGAUUCAAGAAGAAAGCAAUGCGCCACAGAGAGAAAAGCAACAAGCUAGCCCUCCAGAAGUUACUGUCGGACCAAGUAGYGAAGUACAAGAUAAACUGAAAGAACUUGAAGAAGAAAUCAGCAAGUUUCGUGCUGAGAACAAAGCCUUGGCAAAGAUACGCAGCGAGAGAGAUGAGGGACUGAGAAGGCUUCAAAAUGAAAUUGAUCUAUUUGAAARGCAAAAGACAGACGAAUUAGAGAGGAUCGAGAAAUUCAAAAAGGAAGAAAUGCAGAAGUUGAAACGAGAACGAAAGGUAUUCGAAAAAUAUCAAAAGGCAGCGAAAAGUAUCCCAGAUAAGAAAGAACGGGAAGAAAUUGAGGCUUUGAAAUCUCAGGUAUCGGAGCUACAAGAAGAAUUGAAACGUCGUGAAUCGAGAUGGUCAGCAGCCUCGUCUCGGUAUCGGAAUAGAAUCGAAGCUCUAGAGGAACAGAAUAAAGAACUACAGGAAGAAGUUAAAUUACUUGAAAAAUAUCGACUGGACCAGUGGCGGGAAAACGAAACAAAGGCUAAAGAUAAUGAAGAGGCACGACCACGUGAUGUGAUAUUACGUAAAACUGCCAAGCCUGUUGAACCAGCUCAACCCGAAGUACUAAGACAAUCUAUACAACAAGAGACCAUCAAUUCAGACCAUCCUCACGCACUCAUACAGACAAGGAGUCCUUUAAGAGAAGAUAAAAGGCUAAAAGAUGCCAACAACAAUAACAGCAAAGAGAAUUCUACAAAUAUUCCUAGAAAACUAGAGCCAUCCAAGCAAUCGAUCCCCCCUACUCCGAAGAUACGUACUUCAGACAAACAAGUAGCUCCCGUAAGCGAGCCAACCAUCCGUUCCAACAUAGAAAACGGAAGUCCGAACAUACAAACGAAACUGUAUGGUCUACAAGAGAUUGAACACCCAGAUGGAAAGGUAGAGCAAGUUCAGCCCGAUGGUACUCGUGUGAUUUUGUUUGCAAAUGGCACCAAGAAAGAAAUCAGCAAAGAUGGACAGACGGUCAUCGUUUCGUUCUUUAAUGGUGACAUAAAACAGGUUUUCCCGGACCAGAGAGUUGUUUACCACUAUUCUCAAGCGAAAACGACUCACACAACGUACCCUGAUGGCCUGGAGGUAUUGCAGUUCCCCAAUAAUCAAAUGGAAAAACAUUACGUUGAUGGAACCAAAGAAAUCAUCUUUCCAGAUCAAACGAUYAAAUACUUGUACGUUGACGGCACCGAGGAAUGUGUUUACGCGGAYGGUACUAUUCAACGAACACGUGGAAAAGAUGGAGAAAAAAUUAUUGAAUUCCCAAAUGGACAACGUGAGRUCCAUACGAAACACUUUAAGAGACGAGAAUAUCCCGAUGGAACAGUCAAGACAGUCUAUCCCGACGGUAGAACGGAAACUCGGUACAGUUCGGGUCGACUUCGGGURAAGGACCGCGAAGGAAGGGUUGUCAUGGAUACAGACCAUCUACAAGAAUGAAACGAACGGACUAUGAKAACUUCUUUGAAAUUAAGACUUUACCGUUUAUAAUUUAUAAUAGUUUAUUAUUAACAACAAAAUAUCCAAAAAUGAUAGAGCUGCCGGAGAAAAACGAGAAACAAGAAAUAACCCACACUCCACCGGGGAGGAGAUCGGAUAUCCGGGAUUGUAGCAAUAAAAUAGUAAUAUUAAUAGCAGGAAUACAUUCUUAYUCUUUCCUUUCCGAUACAAAAACCAACAGAAUUAUCCUUACAACACACAAGCAGGCUCAAAACAUCUUUGUACAGAGUUUGAUGUGCUUUGCCAUCAGAGGAUCAGGAAAAAAAACUUGUUACAUUCUAUAUACGGUGUUCCUGUGGGGAUAUUGGGUGUGGUUGUAAAUGACAGCUGUCGGUCAUGACGAAUUGUAGAAUAUUGAUUGUAAAAAUGACUAAUGUAAUAUAUUUUAUCAUCAAUAAAUAUUUGUAG